CUGGCUCGGUAACUGGAUUAGCAGGUUUGACAAGGACAACAACACUGAUGGAACAGACACAGCUAUGGAGAAGUUGUAUCACACGGUUUUUUACAAGAAUGACUUGCGCCAAAGAACGGAGGAAGUCGUAAUCUCCCAACCUGAUGAGGACUUGGGCACAGACAAUGAGAUUUACACUGGAACAGAAAGGCGUCCUACUGGAGGACCAGCAACCAUCUAUGGAGCCAGUAAUGAUAUUUUUACUGUUGAUGAUGCUUUAGAAGCUACUGGUUUUGGAAAAUACCAGUGGAAAAUCAGUCUAUUUACAGGCCUGUCAUGGAUUGGAGAUGCAAUGGAGAUGAUGAUCCUCAGCAUUUUGGGACCCCAGUUACAUUGUGAGUGGGGACUGCCUGGCUAUGAAGUGGCUCUUUUAACAUCAGUGGUGUUUAUUGGGAUGAGCAUUGGCUCUCCAUUAUGGGGCAAUGUAUCAGACAAAUAUGGCAGACGAACAGGGCUCAUUGGUUGUAUGCUGUGGACUCUGUACUAUGGUUUGUUGAGCUCUUUUGCUCCCCAGUAUAGCUGGAUAAUAACCCUCCGAGCAUUUGUGGGUUUUGGUAUUGGAGGAGCCCCUCAGGCAGUAACUCUGUACUCAGAAUUCCUUCCAGUGAAAGCGAGAGGGAUCUGUGUCAUGCUCAUUGCGGCCUUCUGGGCUCUUGGUGCUGUUUGUGAGGUCGUCUUGGCCCUGUUUGUCAUGCCCACACUUGGCUGGAGAUGGCUUCUUGGUCUGUCAGUUAUUCCAAUGGCUGUGUUUUUGCUCUUUUCUCAUUGGUUACCAGAAAGUCCUCGCUUUGACGUCUUGGCAGGAAGAAGUGAUGAAGCUAUGAAAACUUUAGAGCAAAUUGCAAAAGAUAACAAGAAGUCUCUACCUCAGGGAAGACUUAUUUCUAGGAGUCCUCAAUACAAUCGCGGGCGAGUGAAAGAUCUCUUCAUUCCUCAGUAUCUACGAACCACUCUUAUUUUGUGGUUUCUUUGGCUUGCAAAUGCAUUCUGCUAUUACGGUAUUGUCUUGUUAACAACUGAAAUGUACCAAGACGGAGACUCAUGUGGAACAACACAAGGGGCGAAGGCAGAAUGGAAAUGCCGACUGGAGUGCAAUUAUUUAACAACAGAGGACUACAAGGAUCUUUUAUGGACUACUCUUGCUGAAUUCCCUGGUAUUUUAAUUGUCCUUUUUGCAAUUGAUCGAAUUGGUAGAAAAAGGAGCAUGACACUAAGUUUUUUUAUGUUUGCUUUGUGCAUCCUGCCCAUGUAUGCCUGCAUUGGGAGGGUAUCGCUUACAAUCCUGAUUUUUGUUGCAAGAGCUGCUAUCUCAGGAGGAUACCAAGUAGUUUUUGUUUAUACGCCAGAGGUGUUUCCCACAGAAAUAAGAGCUUUAGCCUUGGGGACAUCCAGUGGUUUUGCCAAACUGGGAGCUCUCUUAACUCCUUUUGUGGCACAAGUGUUGCUGAGAUUUUCGGCCAGCUUCACGUUGACUGUAUACUGGGUGUGUGCUUUGCUGGCGGGGAUAGCAGCCCAACUCCUGCCCAUUGAGACUUUGGGCCGAUCUAUGGAAGAGCAGGGAGCUGAGCACGAGUCUGGGGCAGAGCACACAUCCUCCUUGUAGCAGGUGCUGGCAGACACCUGCUCACACACAUCUCCAUAAAUGUAUGGCACAGCGAUGUUUUAAGAGAAUGUCCUCUGUUCAGGAUUUUUCAGAAACCACUGCACUGUAUGCUAAUAAUUUGUGUUUAUGCUAAAUUGCUCAGUGUCAGAAAUAACUUGCCAAAGAAUGUUUAUUUUGUUAUUUUAGAGAGAGGAUUUACAAAAUUGUAAAAUACACUGUUAUUUCAAG